AUGAGAUUUGCUAUCGUUUCCACUACAGCUCUAGCACUUGUUGCUGCGUUGCAAGAUUUCCGCUUGCUUAAGUUGGGUCCUAAAGACUACAGAUUGGUCACGGAGGAUGCAAAAUGGGCCAUGAAACGAGCAAAUAUCAACUUUAUCGACUACACCAACCAAGUGACAAACGAGGAGCUUGCAGCGUAUGAUACACAAAAUCCCCAAAAACCAUUGGCUAUCCUGCCAUCUGGCAGUCUGUACUCCUACCCCAAGAAAGCCUUUCACGAAUCGACAGUGAAGGCCCUAUUCAACCUAAUCAGUGUAGAAAAAUUGGAGCAAUCCCUCACCAAAUUUUCCUCCUUCUAUACACGUUAUUACAAGUCGGAGCACGGGUUUGCCAGCGCAAACUGGCUAUUUGAUCAAUUGACACAGAUCACUUCUGGGGUACCCCGUGCCGUGGUCAGAAAGGUCCAUCAUCUCGGCUGGGACCAAUUUAGUAUUGUGGUGCAAAUUCCAGGGAUCACGGCUGCGAAAGUUAUACUUGGAUCCCAUCAGGAUUCUACCACUUCCGAUAGUCCCGAGACGAACCCUGCGCCUGGUGCCGAUGACGACGGUUCGGGGGUGGUGACUGUGGUGGAAGCAUUGCGGGUGCUUGCCCCCAGUCUCCGGUCCGGUUCCUGGACUCCCCACAAUACCUUGGAGUUCCACUUUUACUCAGCCGAAGAAGCGGGACUUUUAGGCUCCAUAGAUGUGUUUUCCCAGUACGCUGCCUCGGACGCAAAGGUGCUUGCUAUGAUUCAAUUUGACGAGACGGGAUCCAGUGAGGGGUCUGUACUUAACGGUACAGAGAAACACUUUGGACUCAUGUCUGACUAUGUGGACAAACUGUUGAAUGAAUACUUGAAGGUGAUCAUUGACACUUAUAACGAUAUCCCCUAUCAUGAGACCAGCUGCGGAUACGCCUGCUCGGACCAUGCCUCUGCAUACGAAAGAUGA